GUCGCAUGGCGGCCCUUAGCUUCUGGCAUUUCUGCGCUGGAGGGCUGUGCGCUCUGGCACUUCUGAGUCUAGGAUGGGGAGUGGAGGCCCCAACGUUAAAGGAAGAGGAUUACUCCAGGUGCUUUUAGGGCCCCAUGAAAGGGAGCGUCGCUGCGGUUUCAGAGAAGCUGAACGACCAGUUCCGGAGAACUCCGGGACCGUCACGGCCCGCCGGGACCAAACUCCCGAACGGAAACCCGAGGAACCACCUGCUGUCAGGUCGCCUUUGGUUGCUAGGCGUGGUUGCGCCCGCUGUCCAGCUCCCCGGCCCUAGCCAGCAUCACCCUGAACGUGAAGUUGGAGUAGCCCAGCCACUGAGAGGGCUUUUCAAAUUACUUCUUGUUGCUCGAGAUCCACUUCGUUUCUGGUCCAGUCGGGCUUUCCUCCUUCUUGCCUUCCUGCCAAGUCCCAGGGCGACUCUUCUGAAAACUCCAGGCAGAGAAGGGAAAGGCAAAGUGGGAAUAAGAUGAAAUCGUGGGAAAGAGCCCCCUCCUCGUGUCCUGGGAGCGCAGAAAGAGUUCCACACGCCUGCUUUCUUGAGUGUGUUAUAUUAAGGAAAUGUUUUAACUUCCUUAAGCCCUCUCUCUCAAACUUGGGCCGGAUGAGUAGUAUUCAAACAUUUUAUUAGCAAGGAACCUUCGGCAGAGUAGUCAUUAAAAGCAAGGGACUCCUUGGAUUCUAAUCUGGCAGUGGCACUUAUUAAGGAUGUAACAUUGAAUUACUUAACCUUUUAGUGUCAGCUUAAUAGACAUAAUAUUAACAGGCAUAAUAAUAGUAACUAUUUCACGGGCUUGUUAGAAUUAAAUGAGUUAGUAUAGUUAAAAUGCUUUAACUGUUUUUUGGCACAUAGGAAGUACUCUAAAUGUUAACUAUAUAUUUAUGGUUAUAUGUUUAGCAGGGGUGGGCGGCCUAGAGCCAAUCUUCCUGGGCCCAUCAAACAAUGAACUCCUGCAUUUCUUACAACUCUGGAGACAACAUUUUGAAAAUUAUUGUGCAUGGACCUCUCCCUGGCUUGAACAUUCAGAGACAAUAUGGAAUAUGGUAUGGGUAAGAAUGUGGAUAACAGCAUCAGAGCCCAGGCAUGAGAACUUAAAUGUGUCAUUUCUUGAAAAGAGCCAGGACCUCAGAUGUGUGGGCCUCCUAGGAGACCUGUAUAAAUUUACCAGGGUUCCUUGACUCCCAAGAGGCCAAGAAGAAGAUGACACUGUAAGGUGACUGUUCCUGUGCUUAGUCUGAGAGAUUAUAAGGAGACUAGAGAGCAAAAAGAUUUUAUCCAGAGGCCCCCUGAAAGCAAAUGACAGGCAUCAUUCUUCUAUUCAAUGGCCAACAGAAGUAGAGACCUCUUUGUUGUUUCCCAUGUAUGGGACUGCUGCCACUUAAAAUAUCCUAUUAACUAGACCUGAACCUCAAUGAACUGAUGAAAAUUAAAAAAAAAGAAAAAGAAAAAGCUAAGAGGGUCCACUUGUCAUAAAAACAAAUAGAAUGUGCAUCUGAAGAAAUAUACUUGCUGAAGUAUAGAGGACAAUAUGAAUAACAAAGAGCAUCAAGUAUAGCAUACAAAAGAUAUUUUUGAAUUAAAUUAGUUCUGUAUAUCUUCCUAAUUAAGCAUUUUAGCAAUUGAAUUUGAGGAAAAACAUGAUCACUUUUGGGUCAAAAUGUAGCCAAUAUGGUUUAGUAAAGGAAUCUCUGAAAGCACAGGUGGUAAAAAAAAAAAAAUAGAGAUGGAAAUCAUGAAAAAAAAAAAAGAUAAUAUGCUUAAAGGAUAGAUCUAUGGGACUUAAUAUGAAGACACAAAAGUUCCAGAAGGAGAAUAGUUUAUGAAAUUGAAGAAAGAAAUGAAUAACAAAAUAAUAGAAAAUUGCUCUGGUUUGAAUUUUUAAAGAAGGCUUGAAUCUGCAGAUCUAAAGAACUCACUACAUUUCAGUCUGUAUUAAUGAGUAAAGACUCCCACUAGACAUAUAAAGGUAUAAUUCCUAUACUGUAAGGGUAAAGAGAAAACUCAUAAGCUUUCAGGCAAAAAGGGCAAAUUAUCUGAAAGGAAAAAUGACACUGGACUUUUCAUUUUUAAUGUUGGAAACUAGAGAACUGUUCAGUAGCAGUAUAGACUAGUAAGAUAAGGGGGCUGCAAUCCUUCAGCCAAAAUAUAUCCUGACAAAAGAAAUGUUUGAGGAUUUGCAAGAUUUCAGAGUCUGUAUCACUCAGGUUUCCCCCAUCUGAAGAAACAAUUCAAGAAAAGAUUCCAAACAACAAAUAAACCCAAAACAGAGAUACCCCACAAAAAAUUAUAGAAAAGGAAACAGACAAAGCCAUGAUAUAAAUAAUAAACCUAAAGUAACAUAUAAAGGAUACAAUAAAUCAUCAGUCAUUAUGCUAAAUUGAGUGGACUGAAUUUUCCUAUAUAAAGGCAGAAACUGUCAGACUGGGUGGAGUAAGAAAAUUCAGCCAUAUGCUAUUUAUAAGAAACACCAGGGAAAUUGGUUAAAAAGAUGCCAGGCAAACGGAAAGAACAACUAAUUGAAGGUUAAUUUAAGAACCAAAGAAAGAGAUUGAACUUAUAUAUUGAUUAAAAAGCGCAAUUUAUGAAGAAGUAUAAUGGUAACAAAUGUGCUAAAUACAUAGAGCAAAUAUGUGCAAAUUUGAGAACUUCACAAAAAUACAGUUCUAUGGAAAAAUUCAAUAUGUUUGUCUCAAAAUUAGAUCUAGGAGACAAUAAGGUGCUGGAGAUAAAACAAAUGAAUUAAAUAAAUAAGAAUUUUUAUCUACUAUGGAGCCAUUAUCUUGAUGGGAUUAUGGAGGAGGGUAUGGAGAGAACAUCAAUAGUCAAUAAACAAGAAAGGAAGGAGGAAGACUGUGUACCAGCAAGUGUGCUGAUCCUUUAUUGAACAAUGUAUCUUCUCCCGGAGGAAAUGCAUGGUAGACGGGGUCUGAGAAGUAGGGGGAAGGAAAGUGGGAGCAGCACCCUCGUGCCCCGCCAGCCAAUGAGAAGACACAGUCACUGGCCCAGCCCGUGGAUUUGCUCUGCCAGCAGGGGAGGAGGGAGACAAUGAGUUAAAGGCCAAAGCCCAGUCCCGUUUCUCAUCAAACAGCAAGUGCCUGUUAUUCUUUUCGUUUCACAUUUCCCUUUCCCUCUUUGACUCCUGCCUUUCAGCGCUGGGACUACUCAAGCUCACUGAGACCCAAGGUAUGGUAUGACCCUCCACUUCUCUAGAUGUGUUUUGCCCGCUCCAAAAUAGGGAGCUGGAUUCUGUGCGAGCCCUUCCAGUGCCCACGAUCUGUGUGGAAGCCGAGGAAAGGGACGCGGGCCUGUUCAAGAGCAGAAGCUGCCACCCCGCACGGUGGGGAAUGCCGCUGGCUUUCGGGCCUGGCACGGGAGAGGCGACUUUCCAAGGGCGAAUCUGUGGCCACUUGGGGGUGUGGGGGCGGGGGUCAGAGGCCAGAACCUGAGUUCAAGUGUGUAAAGAGUAGCCUGCGGGUGGAGACCUAGUGUGGCUUCUAACUCCCGUGCAGUGCUCGCUGCUUAACUCUCGUCAGUUAAGGUGGUAGGAAUAGCCUCACUGUGACCGGUUCUGAUACAUUCAGGCACGCCCCUAUCAUCUCUGCCAAGGAGCAGGUGUUCGUGGUUCCAUCAAAAGUCUUUUCCCGCCACCUGGGCUCUGCGGCUUUUCCUCCACCCUGGGCCUCCUCCAAGGCCCUUUCGCGGUUGAAAACAAACCGCCUAAAACUUUACAGUUCCUGUGCUCCACGCUACCGGUGUAUGUUUCUCCUCCUCUUCCUAGCAAAGUUCCAAAAAUAAUAGCAUAUGCUUGCUCCCUGCGUCGGACAUCCUCUGCCUGUGGUAGGUAAUGUGGCUUUAUCACUCCUGCUGCCUCUAUUCCAGCAAAAUUGCUGCUAAAAUUGCGCUCUCUGUAUGGAGGAUUGUGUUUGAUUAAGCUUGAGCCCAUCCUCCGAAGUGAGGUAUCACAAGAAUGGAAGAGUAGGCACCACUUGUACUCGCCGUCAAAUUGGCGCUGAUUGAUCAACACUAAGGUGCUCACACAGUAGUAAUAUUCUUUGAGGGUUGGGGAUGGGUAAACUCACAACUAAUGGACAUGGUGAGUGUUGUAGCGGGGGAAGGGCAGGCUUCACAAAUCAUGGUUUUGGUGUGGCAAAAUCAUAACAUGUAACCAAAAUGUUUGUACCCCCAUAAUAUCCUGAAAAAAAAAGUCACAAACUGCCCUAAACUCAAAACAGAACCAUGGUUAACAUAUAGGUAUAUUUAUUUUUUUUAUGUGGAGGUUUUAAUUUCUUAGUUGUAAUCCUCAUACUAUUGCUAUCUGUUUGCAAUCCUGCACAUAUUGCAUAUUGCUGUAUGAUGAGGUCAUUUUUAUGACUGAAAAAUCAAACGUUCUAUAUUUUGAUGUAUUUAUUUUAAUCACAAUUGGAUUCUUAAUUUGUUGGCAAUUACUUACUAUUCUAAAUAAACAUCCUAUGCACAAAGCUUUGUGUAUUGGGGAUUCUUUUCAUUGAAAAAUUUCCCAGAGAAGAAGGUACUGCUUGAGAAGUCAUGCAUGUUAUUACAGGUCUAGGUAGUUGUGGACAUGUAGCUUUUCAAUUUUGGAGCAAUUAACAUUUACACUAACAAUAUCUGCUUCACUCCAUUCUUAUGGUAUUGUUUUUUAAAACUUAUUUUUUCCAUUUUGAUAUUUGAGAAAGAGUAUCUUCUGAUUUGUAUUAGUUUUGGUAUCUGUUUAAGUUGGAACAUUUUCUGAAAUACUUGUUAGCCAUUUACUUUUAUUUUUCCUCUAUGAAUAGAUUACUCACAAUAAAUUUGCUUUAAUGCUAUUUUGAUCUAUUUGGAUCAUGCCUUUCUGGUGAUAAGAACCUUUUUAAAACCAUAUUUUAGUGUGAACUAUAACUCUUAUAGAAGAGCACAUUAAACAUAAAUGUGCAGCUUAGUGGAUGAUUACUAAGUGAUCACCCAUGUAAAUUAUUACCAGGUCAAGGAAUACAGCAUUCAUUACCAGCACCUAAGAGACUCGUGGGUAACCCCCCAAAGGUAACACCAAACUGACUUUUAUGGUAGUUACUUCCUUACCCAUAGUCCAUUUGAAAAUAUACCUGCAUCUAUAAACAGUAUAGUUUAGCUUUCUCUGUUUUGGUCUUUUUAAAAUGAAGUCAUACAGUACAUGAUCUUUUAUGGGUUUGGCUUCUUUCACUGAUUGUGAGAUUUAUCCUAGUGCCAUGUAGCCGCAGAUCAUAUACUUUCAUUACUGUAUAGGAUUUUAUUGUGUGAAUUUAUCACUAUUUAUUGGUUCUACUACAUAUAAGGAAUUAUUUUUACAAACAAUGUUGCUGUAAUUGUUCUUGCAUAUCUCCUGGUGUACCUAUACACACAUUUUUCUAAAGACUAUAAUUGCUAGGUUAUAAGGUAUGCGUAUCUCCAAUUUCGAAAAAAUAACCAUUUUAGAAUAGUUUUUUUUAGAAUUACAAAAAGUUGUUAUAUGCCUUUGGCCUAAUUUCUCCUGUUUUUAACAUCUUGCAUUACUGUCGUAUAUUUGUCAACUAAGACAAUUAACUGAGACAAUUAAAUUGCACUUAAUUUGGAUUUCACUAGUUUUUCCUUAGUGUUCUUUUUCUGUUCUUCAGUCCUGUCCAGUAUACCAUUUUACAUUUUGUCUUCCCAGUCUCCUCUGGUCUGCGAAAGUUUCUCAGUGUUUCCUUGUUUUUGAUGAUAGCACUGGUCAGGUAUUUUGCAUGUGCCUCAAUUUGGGUUUUUUGAUGUUUUCCUUAUGGUUAGACUAGAAUUAUGGGUUUGGGGGGCAGAAUAUCACAGUGAUGAUAUUCCCAUCACAUCAUCUCAAUGGUACAUACUAUCAGCAAUGACCUAUGACUGAUGAUAUUAACUUUAAUUACAGCGCUGAGGCAGUAUUUGUCUGGUUUCUCACUCAGAAGUUAUUCCACUCCCUCUCUCACCUACCCUCAUACUCUUCUCUUUGGAAGCAAAUCAUUAAGCAUAGUCCACACUCGGGCUGGGGUGGGGUUAACAGCUACCACAUAAAGUAUAUGGAAUUCUUCUGUGAGGGAGAUUUGUUUCUCGUUCCCCAUUUAUUCAGUUGUUUAUCUAAUAUGGACUUAUGGAUAUUUAUUUUAUACUUUGGGCUAUAAUCCAGUGCUACAUAAUUUUGGCCACUGGGAGCUCUUUCUGGUUGGAUCCUGUGUCUUUUUUACAUCUCCAUCCUCCACUUUUCCUUAAUUUCUGGCACUAAAAGAUGCUGUAGGCUCACCUUGUAUAUUCACUGCCCUAGUCCAGAGUUACUAUGUAAUUUUUGAGAUAAUUCACCUUCCAUUUAAGACGUAAACUUACAUUUUUACUUCUCCAUCCAGCUUUCUUUUCCAAUCUCAUUAACAAGAAUAGAGGAAGGCAUUAUCAAAAACUGGAAAGGGCAGGAGGUUCAGAGAAAGAUCAAAGUUGAGUUUCAGCUGUACCACUUUAUUGGCUGUCUCUUUAGGCAAAUCACCAAAGAAGAGAUGAGAAACCUGAAGGUGCUGGGGAGAGUGUGGUUUAAGUGAUUAACUGGAGUGUCCCUGCUGAAUAAGAAAUUAAAUAAGGUCUUAAGAUGCUGAUAAACAAGGAGAAAACACAGGACUCAUAGGGAUUUUGUGGUGUUUGAAGAACUGUCACAAUGAGAGUGAGGGCAUGAAACUGAUCAAUUAACUGGAUUGUGGGAGUUUGUAAUUUAAGACUUUGAAUAGUUGCUGAUAAAGCCUGGGGUAAGAGCAUCAGAGUGAACUGCUGAAGUAUAGUAAGGUCAUGAGAGUUAAUGUCAAGGAUGUGAGAGAAUGAUGUUUUGAAUGAGCUUUAACAGUGAACUCACCCAGAAUUACCAUGGUGUUGGAAAGUAGAUACGAAAGGAGCUUGCAUUCUAGGAACAGACCCUCAGUGACUUUGUAUGCAUUUAUGACCAGAGAGGACAUGACAAGAAGAGGUAGAUGGUGGCAUAUUCCAAUUGCAUGUGCUUCAAGAGUAAAAUAAUGUGUUGGUGGGGGUGCAAAUGUUUUAUAGGCUGAGAUGGAUAUUAAGUGCUGGUUGAGGGGAAGGAGGGGAUGAGGAAAGCUACCAAUACUUAGUAGGAGCAUGUUCUCUGCAAGGUGAUAUAUGAACCCUACUUCAUUUGGUCCAUACCACGGUCCUCUGAGGUUGGCUCUCAUAUCCUCAUUUUUCAGAAGAGUAAACUGAGGUUCAGAGAAAUGAAUUGCCUUUCUUUAUUUUUUAUAGCUCAUAAGUGGUGCGACUGGGAAUGAAUCCUGGGAAGGUGGAAGAAAUAUACAGUACAGUGGUCUAUAUUAGAGGGACAUUUUAUGAAAGAAAAUGUGUUACAUAGGAUAUAAGUACUGAGCCUAAGGUAGUGGGCUUCAACAAAUAUUGGUUGAAUUAAUCUAUUUUAUAGGCAUUUCAUUUUCUAAUCUUUUCUAUAUGUCCCAUUUAGUCCAUGUGCUUUCUAAUUUUUCCCCACUGAGGCGUGAAUACCGAUCCACGGACAUGAUGACAGAAUCAUUGUCGUCUUCCUUCUUUUCUGAUUUUGGGCUGCUAUUGUAUUUGGAGGAGCUAAACAAAGAGGAAUUAAAUAAAUUCAAGUCAUUCCUGAAGGAGCCCAUGGAACCUGGGCAUGGCCUAAUACCCUGGACUCAAGUGAAGAAGGCCGGACGGGAGGAUCUGGCUAACUUGAUGAAGAAAUAUUAUCCAGGAGAGCUGGCCUGGAAUGUGACUCUCAAAAUCUUUGGCAAGAUGAACCUGACAGAUCUGUGUAAGAGAGCAAAAGGAGAAAUCAACUGGAAGGCUCGGAGCAAGGGACCAGAAGAUGCCAAGGCCAGAGAGGCACAGGAAGAUCAAGAGGCAGUGCUGGAUGAUAGAACAGAAUACAGAAUUCAAGUAAAGGAAAAAUUUUGCAUGCCAUGGGAUAAGAGUCCUUUGCUUGGAAAACCUGAGCAUCAGGAAGUUACUCAGGAAAAUCGAAUAUUUUUAGAACAGUUGUUUGAUGUGGAUGUCAGAACUGGUGAGCAGCCACAGAUGGUGGUGCUUCAGGGAGCUGCUGGAGUUGGGAAAACAACCUUGGUGAGAAAGGCAAUGUUGGAUUGGGCAGAGGGCAAUCUCUACCAGCAGAGGUUUGCCUAUGUUUUUUAUCUUAAUGGGAAAGAAAUCAACCAGCUGGAAGAGAAAAGCUUUGCUCAGUUGAUAGCAAUGGACUGGCCUAGCACAGAAAGCCCCAUUGAAAAGAUCAUGUCCGAGCCAAGUAGCCUCCUCUUUAUUAUUGAUAGUUUUGAUGAACUGAACUUUGCUUUUGAGGAACCUGAGUUUGCGCUGUGUGAAGACUGGACCCAGGAACACCCAGUGUCCUUCCUCAUGAGUAGUUUGCUGAGGAGAGCGAUGCUCCCUGAAUCGUCCCUAUUGGUGACAAUGAGAGUCACAGCCUCUAAGAGACUAAAGCCUUUGUUGAAGAGUCACUACCGUUAUGUAGAACUACUAGGAAUGUCUGAGGAUGCAAGAAAAAAGUAUAUUUACCAAUUUUUUGAAGACGAGAAGUUGGCCAUGAAAGCAUUCAGUUCAUUAAAGAACAAUGAGAUGCUUUUUGGCAUGUGUCAAGUCCCUCUGGUGUGCUGGGUCGUUUGCACUUGUCUGAAGCAGCAAAUAGAGAAGGGUGGUGAUGUCACAUUGACCUGCCAGACGACCACGGCUCUGUUUACCUGCUACAUCUCUAGCUUGUUCACCCUGGUAGAUGGACACUCUCCUAGCCUGCCCAGCCAAGCCCAACUGAGUAGUCUUUGCUACUUGGCUGCUAAAGGAAUAUGGACUAUGACACAUGUGUUUUACACAGACGAUCUCAGAAGGCAUGGGUUAACUAAAUCUGGUGUUUCAGUUUUUAUGGAUGUGAAUAUUCUUCAAAAGGACAUAGAGAAUGAAAACUGCUAUCUGUUCGCUCACCUACAUGUUCAGGAGUUUUUUGCAGCUAUGUUCUAUAUGUUGGAAGGCAACUGGGUAGCUGGCGGCUAUUCCUUCCAGCCUUUUGAAGAUAUGAAGCUGUUACUUGAAAGCAAAAAUUAUGAAGACUCCCAUUUGACACAGAUGAAGUACUUUUUGUUUGGCCUUCUGAAUGAAGAUCGAGUAAAAGAACUGGAGAAAACUUUAAAUUGUAAACUGUCACUGAAGAUAAAAUUGAAGUUACUUCAGUGUAUGGAAGUAUUAGGAAACAGGGAAUAUUCUCAAUCACAGCUGGAAUUUCUUGAGUUGUUUCACUGUCUGUAUGAGACUCAAGAGGAAGCAUUUAUAAGCCAGGCAAUGAGGUAUUUCCCAAAGGUUGUCAUUAAUAUUUGUGGAAAAAGCCAUUUGUUUGUAUCUUCGUUCUGUAUUAAGCACUGUCGAGGUUUGCGGAGCGUCAAACUGUCUGUAACUGUGGUAUGUGAGAAGAUGGUAAACAGAAGCCUCCCAGCUGAAACUUGGCAAAGGGAUGGUGAUCGAAUUACUCAUUGCUGGCAAGAUCUCUAUUCUGUGCUCCAUACAAAUGAACGCUUGACAGAAUUGGACCUGUGUCAUAGCAAUCUCGAUAAAUUAGCAAUGAAGAUCUUUUGUCAAGAACUAAGGCACCCAAAGUGUAAACUGCAAAAACUUCUGUUGAGAUCUGUCACUUUCCCUGUAAAUGGUUUUCAGGGUAUCUCCAGUUCUCUGAUUCACAACCAGAAUCUGCUGCAUCUUGACUUGACAGGGAGUGAUGUAGGGGAUGAUGGAGUCAAAUCACUAUGUGAAACCUUGAAACACCCAGAGUGUAAACUACAGAAACUGAGGUUAGAAUCCUGCAACCUCACUGUAGUUUGUUGUCUAAAUAUAUCUAAGGCUCUCAUCAGAAGCCAGAGCCUGAUUUUUCUGAAUCUGUCAACUAAUAAUCUACUGGAUGAUGGAGUGAUACUGUUGUGUGAGGCCCUAAGACAUCCAAAGUGUUACCUACAGAGACUGUCCUUAGAAAGCUGUGGCCUCACAGCAGCUGGUUGUGAGGAUCUUUCUUUGGCUCUCAUCAGCAAUAAAAGGCUGACACAUUUGUGCUUGGCAGACAAUGCCUUGGGAGAUGGUGGAGUAAAGCUUAUGAGUGAUGUCUUGCAACAUCCAGGGUGUACUCUACGGAGCCUUGUGCUGAGGCGUUGCCAUUUCACUUCGCUUAGCAGUGAACAUCUCUCAACAUGUCUUCUGCACAACAAGAGCCUGGUACAUCUGGAUCUCGGAUCAAACUGGCUACAAGAUGAUGGAGCAAAACUUCUGUGUGAUGCCUUUCGGCAUCCAAGCUGUACUCUUCAGGACGUGGAAUUGAUGGGCUGCGUUCUCACUAGUGCAUGUUGUCUGGAUCUGGCUUCUGUUAUUUUGAGCAACCCAAACUUGUGGAGCCUGGACCUUGGGAACAAUGAUUUGCAGGAUGAUGGAGUAAAAAUUCUGUGCACCGCUUUGAGACAUCCAGACUCUAACAUUCAGAGGCUUGGGUUGGCAUACUGUGGUUUGACCUCACUCUGUUGUCAAGAUCUCUUCUCUACUCUUAGCAGCAACCAAAAACUGAUGAAAAUGAACCUGACACAGAAUACCUUAGGGUGUGAAGGAAUUAGGAAGUUAUGUCAAGUCUUGAGGUCUCCUAAGUGUAAACUGCAAGUUCUAGGGUUGUGCAAAGAGGCGUUUGAUGUGGAAGCCCAGGGGCUGCUGGAAGAUUUGGGAGUUAGCAAUCCACACUUAACCAUAAAGCCAGAUUGUAAUGAUGAUAAUGAAGAAGAUGGGUCCUGGUGGCGGUGUUUCUGAUUUGAAGACCCUGACAUCCCUUAAAAAAUAAAUAAAACCUCAGAAGGAUGAGGACUUCGGUUCUUAACUUUAGAUAUUUUGCGUAGAGAUAUGCACUUGACAACUCUGUUAGAUACAGGUUAGUCCCUUUUCUGUAAAAUGUCUGUUCAGCUUCACAUAGGGGAUUGAGAUGCUGAAACAAAAUGAAAAACAUAAAGCUCUCUGAAAAGUAUAACAUGAUGUUUUUAAUUGGAUACAGAGCUUAAGAACUGUGGUAAGAAAAGUCCAGACAUGAGACUGGAAGAUGGUUCCAGGGAAGAUCAGUUAAAGUAUCUUGUUUUCUUCCCCAUUCCCACUGCCAUGGCUUAGUGCACAGCCUUACUAUCUCUGGCACCUUUUGUUGGAAUGAGUCUCCUGUGUGUUCCUAGGACCACCAGUGUCAAGAUCACUUGGCUAUCUAUCUUAAAAUGCAGAUUCCUGAGCCCCACACCAGACUUAGCAAAUCGGAAUGUCUGGGUGAGGCUCCUUAGCAACUGGCAUUUUUAAUAAUUUCCUAGACAAAUUCUUUUGAGAAUCACUAGUUUCAAUAGAAAUAGUAGUCAAUGUCUAUAUUGAAUGCUUUCUGUAGCCUAUAAUGAAAGAAAAGGAGGCUUAAUUCCCUUUAAGGGAAUAUAAGGUUAUUUGGGUUAGAGCUAAAAACAGGUUCUUCCAUUUGGCAAAAACAUGGCACAAUACAAUUGUCUGUGAAAGACUGUUCUGGUUAUUUAUUGCUGUGUAACCACCCCAAAAUUUAGUCGUUUAAAACCAAUAACUAUUUAAUUAAACUUUGAGACUUGGUGAAUUAGAAAUCAGAAAGAGCUCAUCUUAGCAUUUCUUAUACUCCACCAUGGUAUCACUUGGGGUCCCUUGUUGCUCUGGAGGCCCCAAGAUAACUUUUACUCACCUGU